CUAGGCUAGGCCUAAUUUGCUUCAUGUGUGCUCUAUAAACCAGUUAUUCUGCUCCCAGUGUGAUGGCCCGCGAAAAUGUAACCUUGAUAGGCCUUGUGUCCCAAAGGUGUUAUUUUCAAGUGGUUUAUAAAUCAAACAUUUAAACGAAAUCCGGGAAACGAUUAAAACCAGGGUCGAGAUGACGCUAAGAGUGUUGCGACAUAUAGUAGGAAUGCGGUUGGACAAGAUGCCUAGCGGAACAAGACUGUACGUAGGGAGGGAAAACCCUAGUUGAUAGACCUGGAAACAUUGUUCUAUGACACGGUUUUUACUUCUCAAAGAGAUUGAGGAAAUCAGUCGGAGGAUAUGAGACAACCGAUAGUGGCUGAGUGGACUCUGGGCUAGGAUGCGCCAAGGACACUGCCUAUCCAAACUGACAAUUACACACCUGAGGGAAAUGUAUUGAUUUCCGAAUGGAUUUUGUUCUACAUUGCAUGAAAUGGAAGGAAUGUUUUUGAUUUUAAUCAAUAUAGCCUACCACAUUUUGAGGUAGGCUAUUUUAAUGCGUGUUAGCCAAAUUGUUUUGUGUUGCGUGCCUAUAUGGAAUUAGACAGCUAGAAAUGUCUUUGUUGGAGUUGAAUAUGUGCCAGCGGUGUGGUGUAAAGCAUACGCCUACUGAACAGAGAGAGAAUGAUUCUCAUUUACCGGGAAUGAACGACACACUAAUCCCGUGUCAAAACGGUAGUGGUAUUCGUAGGAUGAAAUACUUCGAUAUAACAUGGACAGUGUCAAGACUCCGCGCAGUGGCGGAAUGUCUGAGACAACUUCGGCUGCUUUUUGAGGACUGUUGCGAGCUGGGUGGUCCUAACCAGGUGAAUGUGUCCAUGGGGCUCCAGGCCCUACAGCAGUCUCUCCAGCCCCUGGCGGAAUGCUACCCAUCCAUGGGUCGACCUCCAGUCAGCCACACCCUCACCAUGCUGCGUCUCUCCCUCACAGAUGUGACGGUCCCCAACAAAUCAGAGACCAAGCGCUACAGUGAGAUCUUCCGGGACUUCGAUAAUUUUGAACUCUCUUUGGUCAACUCCACUGUGGAGGAGAUGUUUCUAGACCCUGACUCCCAGUCAAUCGCUGAGACCGUCUCUACGGAAACCACCGACAACACUGAGCUGGAUCACGUGACGUGUGAGGAUGUCUACCCCCCAGAUGGUGAUGACAAAGAUGGAGGUCUAUCAGCCCAGGAAGCAGACCUGGCUCUGUGUCGCUGUGAGGGAGGCGUGGAGCUGGCCCUGCAGUAUGCCAAGAUGUGGUGUCGCUACGCCAAGGACCUGCUGGCCUGGAUGGAAAAGAGAAUCAGCCUGGAGCAAGAGUUUGCCAAGAACAUCAUAAAGGCAGCAGAGACGGCUAAGUCCUGUGUGGCUCAGCAGGACAUGAUGCCUCUGCAGUACAUCUACACCAUGGCCCUGGAGCACGAUGUGAAGACCAGCCAGUCGACUAAACAGACAUCAGAACUGCUGCACCAACGCUGCUACCAGGCCCUGGCAUCCAAGAAGAAUGAGAUUGACAAGUGGCGCAGGGAGUUCAAGGAUCAGUGGUCCAGAGAACAGAGGAGGAUGAAUGAGGUGGUGGCGGCUCUGAAGAAGGCUCGUCAGCAGUACCUGCAGCGCAGCGAGGACCUGGAGAAGACCAAGGCUUUGACGGCCAAGGCCGGGGACGAGCUCACAGCGGGAAACAAGACCCUGGACAAGAGGAGGAAGUCACGUGACGACGCACAGUCAAAGGUGAUGGAGGCAGAGAUGCAGUACAGACAGUGUGUGUGUGAGGCCCAUGACCACCAGGACAAGCUGGAGAGCUUGAAGGAGAAGAUCAUAGUUCACACCCGCAAACUCAUCUGCCAGGGGGACACUGUACUCAAGGAGGCCACAGUGAACAUGUUCUACUUCCAGCGUCAGCAGACGGAGCCGGUUCCCCUGGGAUACCACAACCUGGAGUUGACCUGCAGGCCGUGUGAACCCGGGGAGCCCUACCUGCUCUACGUCUUCAGGAAGAGAAGCCAAGAACAGCCCCUACAAACCUUCACCUUCCAGGAGUUUGUCCCUCAGAACAAGAGUGGCCGUCGUAAGACCAGCAACCCCAGCUCUCUGCAGGACUCCUUCUCCCUGCCUGAAGAAAGUCUGGUUAAACGAAAGGGCUACAGUGACAGCGAGAGCAUAGGAGGCAGUCUGGAGUCUCUGUCCAGCCCAGCCCAUGGCAACAGGAGGCUUCUUAAAGCCCCCUCCACAGGGACCAUGUCAUCAGACGACCUGGAUGAGAGGGACAUGGGCACCGUCCUGGAAGGAGACUGUGUGGACUCCACCCCAGAGGGGAACGGUACGGUGGGGAAGGUACGGACUACGUCCCGGGCCGCGCUGACGCACCGACUCCGGAAGAUGAAGAGCAAGAUGGUGAAGUGCAAACAGUGUGACAACUACAUCGUGGUCAACGGCAUCGAGUGUGAGGAGUGUGGCGUGGCGGUUCAUAGGAAGUGUCUGGAGGUGUUACAGCAUGAGUGUGAGAACAGGAAGGGCGUUCUGUUUGGGGUGGGUUUCUCCCUGUUGCCCCGGGACCGGCCUGACGAGGUGCCCUAUGUGGUCCAGCGCUGCACGGCCGAGAUAGAGAGCAGGGCCCUCACUCUGCAGGGGGUGUAUCGUAUCAGUGGGUCGAAGCCUCGUAUCCAGAAGCUGUGUCAGGUCUUCGAGACCCAGGGGGACCAAGUCGACCUCUCUGACCUUUCACCUCAUGAUGUCACCUCGGUCCUCAAACACUUCUUCAAGGAGCUUCCAGAGCCGCUGUUGACCUUUGACCUAUACAAUGACUUCAUCGGGGUGGGCAAGGAGAUCCAGCGUCUCAGUGAGAGAGAGGCGGCAGCAGAGACUCCUGGGAUAGUGAAUGACCUCACAUAUAACCUGAGAGACCUGCUGGAGAGACUGCCCCCAUACCGCUACUACACACUGCAGCAUAUGAUGCGGCACCUUCACAGAGUAUCAGAGAACUACGAGGAGAACAAGAUGUCUCCCAGUAACCUGGGCAUCGUGUUUGGUCCGACCCUGCUGCGCCCGCUGGUGUCUGUAGACGUGUCCAUGGUGGCCCUACUGGAGACCACCUACCAAGCCCUACUGGUGGAGUUCCUCAUCACCCACCACCAACACAUCUUUGACGCUCCACCUCCCGCCCCCACCACCCCCCUCCCCGACACCCCUCCCCGGGCGACGUGUUCAGGGGGGGCCCAGAAGACCGUUGCUGGGGCUGACCCUGGCUCUCAGGACCCCCCCGCUGGAGGAGCCUCGUCCAAAGAACGGCCCCGUUCCCUAGAGACUCGUACAAUCAAGAGAGACUCGAGCGAGGGUUAUAUAUCUGACAAGUCGUCGUCCAAUGAGGCAGUGGACCAGCUCAGCCCUGAAGCCAGUGAGAGAGCAGUCGUGGCUGUGAGGGGGGCAUCAACAGAGGCUGCUGCUCUGGGUGAUCUGGUAGGGGGUCCAGAGCCAGGCGACUCUCCCUCCGUGGGGACCCAGCCACGGAGCCACUUCAGCAGGCAGCCUGUCAAGUACCCGCGCCAGUCCACCCCGGGUCUCCGCCGCUCCGCCGGCACUACCAGUGCCGGGCAGUUCGGGGAAGAGGAGGAUGAUGAAGAGGAGGAUGAAGACGAGGAGAGGAAGAGAAACCAAGCGAGGAGCGCAGACAGCAGCCGUAGCCCCUCCCCUGAACCGGUUAGCCAGAGAAUGAGAAUCCUUCGAUUGGAGCUUCCCCCCGAGACAACCGCCUACCACCUGCUCAGCCAGGCUGGAGGCCACGCCCCAGAGAGCCAGACGGAAAGAGAGAAGACACGCCCAUAUGAGGUUCCACAGGGCAGGCUGCGGGCGGGGACAGUGGUAGUAGAACCAUCAAUAGCUGCAACAACAGCAGGAGCCUAUCCGACGCCGAGCACCGGUGCUCAGGAGGCGGGGCUUAGGAGUCGGUCUGCCACAUUGUCUCAGCUGAACGUGAACCAGUCCAAUAACAGGCAGGGGUGGGUGGGUGAGAGGCGGAGACUGAGCGGAGAGGAGGGUCUUAGUGGCCCGGCCCGGAAGAUCUUGUCAGGGCUGAAGCUCAGACGUAGCCACUCAGGACUGCAGCAACACUUUGUCUGAGGAGGAGGAAGGUUGGAACUUUGAACCAUAGAAUUAGAAUCACAUUCGAGAACGGACAUUCCCCAUUCAAGUCAAAGUUCCGUGGACUGGCAGGAUUCUAUUUCUAUGGUUAAACCCAUAGAAGGGAUGAAUUGUAUUGUGUAACGUCGUGUUUUUUACAAAUACAGCGAAAAAUGACAUACACUCAUGAUUACUCGAGAAUACUCAUGAAUA